AUGAUAAAUUCGUCAAAAAAUAGCGAUCAUGAAAUUGAUAUAAAUAAUAAUUCGGAUAGCAAUAAUGGUCAUAAUAAUAAUGAAAAUAAAGAGGGUAGUAAAAGUGAUAAUAAUUUUAAUAUAGAUAUUAAUAAAAGUAAUAAUAGGAUAUAUAAGUUACGAAAUCAAGAGAUCAAAGUCAAUAAUUCGUUAGAUUCUUUUACAUGUCCAGUCCCAAUAUCCGAUAGUGUUGAUUUAGAAAAAAAUAAAAGAAAUAGUGGUGAUAGUAAUAAUGGGGUUUCAAAUAUAAAAACAUCUUUAUUUGUUACAGCUAGAAAUUUAUCAUCUACUGUGGGAAAGGGGGAAAAGGAAAAAAAAAUUUUAACAGAUUUAAAUUUUUUUUUAAAACCUGGCUCAAUGGUUUUACUUUUAGGUUCUCCUGGUUGUGGUAAAACUUCACUUAUGAAUACAUUGGCCUUAUUAAAAAAUAAUGAAGAUAUUUCAGGUAAUUUGUUGUUUAAUGGAAGACCGGGAAAUGAAAAAACACAUCAUAGACAUGUUAGUUAUGUAAUUCAAGAAGAUCAGCACAUGGCUGCAUUAACUGUAAAGGAUACACUAAAAUUUAGUGCUGAUUGUCAAUUAGGGGAUAAAACACAACAAGAAAGAAAUGAAAGGGUUCAAAAUGUUUUAGAGUUUUUAGAAUUAUCUCAUGUCAAAGAUACAGUGGUUGGUGAUGAAUUUUUAAGAGGUGUUUCUGGUGGUCAAAAGAAAAGAGUUACAAUUGGUGUUGAGCUGGUCAAGGAUUCAAAUUUGUUACUUAUGGAUGAACCAACAAAUGGGUUAGAUAGUUCUAUUGCCUUUGAUUUAAUGACAAAAAUCAAACAAAAAGUCGAAAGCGAAAAGUUGUCUUGUCUUGUUUCAUUAUUGCAACCAGGUGUCGAAAUUACAAGAUUAUUUGACUACUUGAUGAUUAUGAAUCAAGGGCAAAUGUCAUAUUUUGGUCCAAUGAACCAAGCAAUUGGUUACUUUGAAUCUUUAGGAUUCAAAUUCCCUCAUCGUCAUAACCCAGCAGAGUUCUUUCAAGAAAUUGUUGAUGAACCAGAAUUAUAUUGGAGUGGCGAAGAUCAUCCCCCAUAUAAAGGUGCAGAGGAUUUUGCAUCGGCCUAUAGAAAGUCAGAUAUCUAUAAAUAUACACUAGAUUACAUUGACAAUAAUAUUCCCAACCCCAGCAGUUAUGUAGACUAUUCAACAGAGAGCGCCUACUCAAUAACAUUCACCAGACAAUUACUAUUAAAUAUUCAAAGAGGUGUUAAAUUAAAUUUUGGUAAUCUUGUCUCGCUUAGAUUAAGAAUAUUAAAGAAUGUAAUUAUGGGUUUCAUUCUCGGUACUCUUUAUUGGAAAUUAGAAACAAAUCAAACUGAUGGUAACAAUAGAUCAAGUUUGCUGUUUUUUGCCCUUUUAUCUUUUGUAUUUGGUGGUUUUAGUUCAAUUUCAAUUUUCUUCAUCAACAGACCAAUAUUUUAUCAACAAAGAGCAUGGAAAUAUUACAAUACUUUUUCUUAUUUCGUAUCAAUGGUUAUUAACGAUCUUCCACUAUCAAUUAUAGAGGUAUUGGUUUUUUCAAAUUUCCUUUAUUGGAUGACUGGGCUUAAUAAAACUUGGGAUCGUUUCAUUUACUUUUUACUAAUGUGUUUUGUUAAUGAUGUGCUUUCUCAAUCAAUGUUAAGAAUGGUUAGUUCAUUUUCUCCAAAUAAAAACAUUGCCGCUGCUUUAGGUCCUGCUCUUAUCUCUCCUUUCCUUUUAAUGUGUGGUUUUAUGAAAAAGAAGAAUGAUAUCCCAGGUUGGUGGAUUUGGUUAUAUUGGAUAUCACCAAUUCAUUAUGGCUUUGAGGGUUUAUUAAUUAACGAACACCAUGGUUUAGAUUAUCAUUGCUCAGAAAAUGAAUUUUACCCACCAUCAUACUUACCAAAUUUUAAUCUCACUUAUCCACUUGGCUUUGAAGGAAAUCAAGUUUGUCCAAUUAGAAAAGGUGAUCAAAUUUUAGAGAAUUUAGGUUUUGAAUCAGAGUUUUAUUUCAGAUGGGUAGAUUUGGCUAUUUGCUCGGGUUUUGUAAUUCUUUUUUGGAUAAUUACAUUCUUCUGUAUGAAAUAUAUUCAAUUCUAUGAAUAUAGAAAAGAUACUAGUGUCAAAGUUAAAGAUCAAAGAGUUGCAAGAGAAAUGAGAGUCAAUAUUAAAUCAAGUCAAGCUAGAUUAAAGAAAACAAAUAACGUACCAAAUGGUUGUUACAUGCAAUGGAAAGAUCUUGUUUAUGAAGUAGAUGGUAAAAAGGAUGGUAAAAAGCAAAGAUUAAGACUAUUAAAUGAAAUUAAUGGUUACGUUAAACCAGGUAUGCUUUUAGCUUUAAUGGGUCCAUCAGGUGCUGGUAAAUCAACUCUUUUAGAUGUAUUAGCAAACAGAAAGACUGGUGGUCAUACUAAAGGUGAAAUUUUAAUUAAUGGUCAAAAACGUGAUAAAUAUUUCACUAGGAUUUCAGCAUAUGUAGAGCAAAUGGAUAUUUUAUCUCCAACUCAAACUGUCCGUGAAGCAAUUAUGUUUAGCGCACAAACUAGAUUAUCAAAGACCAUUCCAUUAAAGGAUAAAGAAGAUUUUGUCGAAAAUAUUCUCGAAACAUUAAAUUUAGCAAAGAUUCAAAACUCUUUAAUAGGUGAAGGUGAAAGUGGUCUUUCAUUGGCUCAAAGAAAACGUGUUAACAUGGGUGUUGAAUUAGCAUCUGAUCCACAAUUAUUAUUCCUUGAUGAACCAACAUCUGGUCUCGAUUCAUCAUCCGCUCUUAAAGUAAUGAAUUUUAUAAAGAAAAUUGCAUCAAGUGGCCGUGCUGUUAUCUGUACUAUUCAUCAACCAUCAACAACUAUUUUUAAGAAAUUCGAUCAUUUACUUUUAUUAAAGAGAGGUGGUGAAACUGUAUACUUUGGUCCAACUGGUGAAAAUUCAUCCAUAGUUUUAGAUUAUUUUUCAAGUCAUGGAUUGGAAUGUGAUCCAUUCAAGAACCCAGCAGAUUUUGUUUUGGAGGUAACAGAUGAUAGUAUCCAGGUGGAAAAUGAAAAAGGAGAGUUGGUACAUUUCAAUCCAGUUCAAUCAUUCAAAGAUUCAGAAGCUAAUAAGGAAUUAGUUAAUAAAGUUCAAACCAGUAUUAUGCCAGAGGAAACAGUGGUACCAACAUUCCAUGGUAAAUAUUCUAGCUCAGCUUGGACUCAAUUUAAAGAAUUAAAUCAACGUGCCUGGAGAAGUAGUAUUCGUAGGGUCGAAAUUAUUAGAUCUCGUAUUGGUAGAUCAAUUGUUUUAUCAAUAAUCAUCGGAACAUUAUUUUUGCGUAUGGACAAUGAGCAGGAAAAUGUUUAUAAUCGUGUAUCAUUAUUAUUCUUUAGCUUAAUGUUUGGUGGUAUGGCUGGUAUGUCAGUAAUUCCUGUUGUUGUAACCGAAAGAGCUGUAUUCUAUCGUGAACAAGCAUCUGGCAUGUACAGAGUCUGGUUAUAUUAUAUAAACCUCAUCAUUUCAGAUCUACCAUGGGUAAUACUAACUUCGUAUGCCUAUGUAAUUCCAGUAUACUUUUUAACAGGUCUAACUUUAGAUGAUAAUGGUUGGCCAUUCUUUUACCAUUCAUUUGUUUCAGUUUUCGUAUAUCUAAAUUUCUCCUUAGCUGCCAUCUUUUUAGCCUCAGUUUUACCAAGUGAAGAAAUUGCUUUUGUUUUCAAUGGUGUUUUACUAUCACUUACAUCAUUGUUUGCAGGUUUCAUGGUUCCACCAAAGUCAUUACCAAGAUAUUGGAAAUGGGUUUACGAUAUAGAUUUUAUCACAUACCCACUCAAGGCUUACCUUACAACCGAAUUUAAAGAUAUGGAGUUUGUUUGUACAGAUGGCAAAGGUGCUGUUCCUAUUCCAAUUCCCUCACAAAAUACAACAAAACUUUUCUGCCCAGUAACAAGGGGUACUCAAGUUUUAGAUUCUGUAGAUUACAAAGUCAAGGAUCAAUAUUAUGACAUUUUAAUUACAAGUGCUUUUACAAUUUUCUUUAUAGUUCUAGGUUUUCUAUCAUUCAAAUUUGUUAGAUAUCAAAAUAGAUAA